UAUGUUGCUUAUCAUCCCUUUUGAUAUCUCUUUCUAGUCUAUGACAAAAAUGACAACCCUCUUACCUCUGAGGAAGAGGAGCAGCGUGCCAUUGCCAAGAUCAAGAUGCUGGGCAACAUCAAGUUCAUUGGGGAGCUUGGCAAACUUGACCUUAUCCAUGAAUCUAUCCUUCAUAAGUGCAUCAAAACACUUUUGGAAAAGAAGAAGAGAGUCCAACUUAAGGAUAUGGGGGAGGAUUUGGAGUGCCUCUGUCAGAUAAUGAGAACAGUGGGGCCUAGACUAGAUCAUGAAAAAGCCAAGUCUUUGAUGGAUCAGUACUUUGGCCGUAUGCGAUCCUUAAUGAACAACAAGGAACUGCCAGCAAGAAUUCGUUUUCUGCUGCAGGAUACUGUGGAGUUGCGAGAGAAUAACUGGGUUCCUCGCAAAGCUUUUAUCGAUAAUGGACCAAAGACGAUUAACCAGAUUCGUCAGGAUGCAGUAAAGGAUUUGGGUGUUUUUAUCCCACAAAUGGCCCAAGGAAUGAGGACUGACUUCUUUCUGGAAAGCCCCUUCAUGCCAACCAGAAUAAAAGUCGACAGGGAAACUCUUGGCGGGUUAGCUGAUAUGUUCGGCCAGAUGCCUGUGAGCGGGAUUGGCACUGGGCCAGGAGUCAUUCAGGAUAGAUUCUCGCCCACAAUGGGACGUCACCGCUCAAACCCACUUUUCAAUGGCCAUAGCGGACACAAUGUUGUUCCUCUUUCCCAGUCUCAGUUUGACAUGGGGAGCAAGCCUUUCAUGAAGUCCAACCAGGGGCAGAAUCAGCUUUUUCACAGCCAGAGCCAGAGCCAUACAUCCCAGCAGCAAACGCAAACCAAGGACAUGCCUCCACGCUUCAUUAAGAAAGGCCAGCUCAACGCUGAUGAGAUCAGUCUGAGGCCGGCUCAGUCUUUUCUCAUGAGUAAGAAUCAAGUGCCAAAGUUGCAGCCACAGAUACCAACCAUGAUUCCUCCAAGUGCGCAACCCCCUCGUACACAAACUCCUCCUUUGGGGCAGCCACCUCAGCUUGGCCUCAAAACCAACCCUCCUCCAAUCCAGGAGAAGCCACCAAAGACAACCAAGAAACCACCACCUGCCAAGGAGGAGCUGCUCAAGAUGACAGAGACUGUUGUGACAGAUUACCUGAAUACCAAGAACAUUUAUGGUGCUGUGAAUGGCGUGAGGGAGAUAAAAGCUCCCAAGCACUUUAUGCCUGAGAUGUUGAGCAAGAUUGUGGUGUGUUCCCUGGACCGCUCGGAUGAAGACAAAGAGCAUGCCAGCACCCUGAUCCACACACUGCGCACAGAGGGGCUGAUUACAGGAGAGAACUUCAUGCAGGCUUUCCUUAAUGUUCUGGACCAGUGUCCUAAGAUGGAGGUGGACAUCCCUCUGGUGAAGUCCUAUUUGGCCCAGUUUGCAGCGCGGGCGGUCAUUGCUGAGCUCAUCGGCAUAGCGGAGUUGGCUCAUCCUCUGGAAAAUGGCACCCAUUUUCCCCUCUUUCUGCUCUGUCUUCAGCAGACAGCGAAGUUGAGGGGUCGCGAGUGGUUGACUGAUCUUUUCCAGCAGAGUAAAGUCAACAUGCAGAAGAUGUUGCCUGAGAUUGACCAGAAUAAGGACCGCAUGUUAGAGAUUCUUGAAGGCAAAGGGCUGAGUUUUUUGUUCCCACUUCUUAAACUGGAGAAGGAGCUACUGAAGCAGAUCAAAGCAGACCCUUCUCCUCAAGCCAUCUACAAGUGGAUCAAAGACAAUAUUUCACCCAAGCUCCAUACCGACAAGGGCUUCGUCAACAUACUGAUGACCAGCUUCUUGCAGUACAUUUCCCAUGAGAUGUGCAUUGCUGAAGGAGACGAACAACUCUCUGCACCCUCAAAAGAUCAGCUGGACCAGGAGAAACAGUUGCUGCUUGCUUUCAAGCCCGUAAUGCAAAAAUUCCUGCAUGACCACGUGGAUCUGCAGGUCAGCGCCCUGUAUGCAUUGCAGGUUCACUGCAAUGCCAGCGGUUUCCCCAAAGGCAUGUUACUGCGCUAUUUUGUCAACUUUUAUGAUAUGGAGAUAAUUGAAGAAGAAGCCUUCCUUGCAUGGAAAGAAGAUAUAACCCAAGAAUUUCCUGGAAAGGGAAAAGCAUUAUUCCAGGUCAACCAGUGGCUAACCUGGCUGGAAACUGCUGAGGAGGAGGAGUCAGAGGAGGAAGCUGACUGAGGAACCAGCCAAAGCCUUAUAUUGCAGAGAAAAUAUUGAUAUGAUCCUGCUUUCCUCUCCCUGUAAUCUCCCUCCCCUGUUACAUGCAUAUCUAACCACUGAAAAAAUUCAUUCCGCUCUUAAGCAGAGGCAUAUUUCCAGUAUUUUUUUUUCCCUCAUUUUAGCGUGGGGUCUGAAGAGCAAAAUGGCAUACCAUCUGUUUGAGAGUCUUGUGUUAGAGAUAAUUAUUACCAGCAUGAGGCAACUUUUAGGUUUUGCUUAAUGGCAGGGGAUUGAGAGAAGCCAUCCGUGCCGUAGCCUAUGCUUUUGAGUUAGCCAAAUCACAACACUGUAGAAACGCACUUUGCUCUGUGUAAUACUUGAGUCAUUGCAAUAUUCAUAGAUCCCUUCAUUGUUACAAUGAAUCCUAAACUGUUGCAUUGGAUUGUUGCCGUAACAUUUAAUAGUUAUGUUUCUACCUCCUAGUAAUGGACUUUUGUCAUAGGCUGGGUUUGAAAUAUCCUCUUCAUGUCCCAUUUAAAAUGAAGACCUAGAAUAGCCUGGGCAAGUGCACAAGUCAUUAAUAAACUAAAAAAAAAAAAAAAAAAAACGGUCUACUUGCACAAAAUUACCUGAUUGUGAGAUUUCAAAUUAAGACCUUUAUAAGUGCUUCUUGUAGAUGAGUGGAACGUAAGAGAACUGAAAUUAAGCCGCCUUCCUCAGCUCAUGUUAUGUCCCCUCAUGACUCGUUUCUUUCAUAUGAUGUGAUACUUGAAUUUCCUAUUUCUUACACCGUGUUCAGGGACUAAACUUGGCCUGUUCUGACGUGACAUCUGUGAGCGAACGAAAACAUGUAACAAAGUGAGUUUUUUUUUUUUGUUUUUUUUUUUUACAUUUUUAUUUGCUGAAUAAAGUUAAC